GACACACCUGUCCACGCGCAUGAGUAUGACUGACUCUCAAGGUCUGCCCUCGUCCGCCUUGGUUCAGGAAUGGCUCAAGACGACAUUCGACAUGCCCGCCCACGACCCAACCCAAAACACGGCGCUGGACCUGCGCCCGCACCGCCGAACUCCCAGCCCGACGAAGCGGAAGCGCAUCGAGACCGACGGCACCAGCGAGAAUGAACAUAGAGAGGAUGACAUGGUCGGCCAGCGUUACGGCGAGACUCCACGAGGCUCUGUGCCGACCGCUUUCGUGGCAGCGGCCGCCAGCAGCAGUAGGACUACAAGGGAAAGUGACGACGUCUUCAGCACCAUCUCGUCGAACUCAAUUCUAUCGGGCAGCUCAGCAACCAGCACCACAUCAUCGCGCGCAUCAUCACCGAUCAAGCGUGAACGAGGGAUGCGUUACGCUGAUGACCUCCCUCUGCUUCGAAGGUCGCUAAAGGAUCCACGAUUGCCUGCACGCCUCGGGCCGCUUUUGAAGGAUGUACGAGCCGUAUCGACGAAGAAACAUAUCAUGCCAUUGGCCUUAAAAGAGGAGAUCGAGGCUCUUUACUCGCCAUUCGAAGCUAUCAGCGACGACAUGUUCUUUGGUGGUGAGGACGACGAGGACGAAAGCGAGGAUGGCCACAACCAAUCCAAGGUUGUCAAAGUUAAUGACGAUCAUGUCAAGCGUCAUCGAGAUCGGUUAUGGCAAUUGGGGCGUAUCUGCGACGGUACAGAGGAGUGCAGCGAUCCGAGCCGGCAGACGUUCGAGGUCGAGUGGAACGACGUGGUGCACUCGCCUAUGCUCCGGCUCGCCUGCCGCCAACAAUCGUCACUGCGCUGUCGGAACCUGACGUCGGUGCAAGUUGACGGCCGCUACGGCGAUGCCGCGAGAACGGUUAGAAGGGGCGGUGGCGGAGCAGCGACAGCAACUCUAUGCGACUGUCGCAUUGACUUCGGGAUCUUCCUCGCGCCACCCGAGAACUCAGACCUGCAGUAUCGUAUCUUCGAUCUGAUGUCGCGCGAUGUCGAUCAGGUUCGGCAGCUCAACCACCUCAAUGCCUUCGAGCCGGACUGGCCCCUUGCCGUUAGUGUCGAGACUAAGCGUCUCGCUCCUGGUGUUGAAAAGGCUUCAGGUCAAUUGGCUAGCUAUGGUCGGGCCCAGCUACGCUUGAUGCAGCAGUUUCCAGAUCCGCAGGUAGAAGAAACGAGGGAGAAAGAGCCUGCUGAGAGAGGGAUUAGGGGAGGCUCAGAAACGAUUCUGCCGCAGCUCAAAGUCGUCAGCGCGCAGUGGGAGUUGAGUUUCAUCGUCCGUGAAGGUCCCAAUGCAGUAGCAUAUGGUCCCUUUGACUUGGGAAACACGGCCUCACUUUCGGGGUGUUAUCAGGUCUUCAAAUCCCUGUGCAUCUUAUUUAGGUGGGCGGAGCGCGAGUGCUACGAUUGGUGGUUGAGACAUAUCUCGGUUACAUGAUUGAAUAAUGCUAUUUGGAUCCUCGCACGUACAAUGAACGACUUGUGAUUUUGCCAACA